CGGGGAAGGGGAGCAAGGGGAGCAAGGGCGGGGGAGGGGUGAUCGACGGAGUGCCCAUGGCCGAGAUGUCACGAGAGCAGCUGGAACAGUUCACGCUGAAGAUCCGACAGGAGCUCGAAAGGGAGCGGGAGGAACGCAACUUCUUUCAGCUGGAACGCGAUAAGCUCCGCACCUUCUGGGAGAUCACCAGGCAGCAGCUCGAAGAGUUCAGGGCCAUGCUAAGAAACAAAGACAGAGCAAUCGAAGUGGCCGAGGAAGAACACCAAAAGGAGGUGAAAGAAUUCAAGCAAAAGAUAAAACACUUGAUGUACGAACAUACCACACGUCUCACGGAAUUACAAGCCGAAAAUAUGGUGAUGCUCCGAUCCGAACAGGACCAACACAACGAGGAAGAAAUAGAGUUGCUGGAAGAUAAACGCGCCCUCAAGCGGACCCUCCGCGAGAUGAAAGAAACUCAAGACGAAGCUAUUCGAGCCUUGGAACUGGAGCACAGCUCGAAGCUGCGGAGCUUGCGGGAGAAGUACGAGUCGGAGAGCGUGAACAUGGAGGCGGCGUACAAGAAGCGUCUGGAGGAGCUGCGCGAGUGUCUCACCGCGGCGCACGACACGAGCUCCAGCGAGCUCGAGGAGCAGAAGAACCUCCAGAUCCACCAGCUCAUCGCAAACCACGAGAAAGCCCUCGAGGAGAUCAAGCUCUACUACAACGAUAUCACCCUCAACAACCUCGGCAUCAUCUCCACGCUCAAGGAUCAAAUGGUGGAGAUGAAGAAGAAAGAGGAGCGAAUGGAAAAACAGAUGGUGGAACUGAAACAAGCGAACAAAAGCUUGGUCGAACCGCUCAGGGAGGCCGAUAAAGAGCUCAAGGAACUCCGAAAAAAAGUUAACAAUUAUCAACAAGAGAGGCAGAUGCUCAAUAUAACCAAAAAACAGUUGGCUGCAGCUAGAAACGAAGUCAACGAUUUAAAGGCUCACUACCUUUCUCUAGAAGUGCAGUUUGAAAAAGUGAAAAAGGAGCGAGAUGAGUAUCAUGACAACUUCGUGGCAGUUAUACUGGAGCUGCAGCAGAAAUCUGAUCUUAGGAAUAAUAUAUUACAGAAAAAAAUGGAAGCCAUGACAGCUGCUAUUGAGAAGCGUGAGGCACAACUCGCAGAAUCCGCUGGAACCGCCAAAAUUGAUCCAUCUUUCAGCAAAGUUGAGGAAAUUCUAAACGCGAAAAAUUCGCAGAUCAAAAAGCUUCAGAACAAAUUGGCGGUCGUCAUGAAAACGCAUCAGGACAGAAUGAAUCAUUUCAAGUCGAUUCUAAGUGAGCAUGGGUUGAAGGUCAAAAUGGAGGACUUCGCAGAGGACCUCAUUUAAAAAUCAAUUAAAAACCUACAACUGCGAAAGCAGAUUCUCAGAUUGAAUAGAAAUCAUCCAAUUGCGAAAUGACGUAUCUCCGUUCGGUUUGUUGCAGACUGCCUGUCAUAAUUUAUUUUUUUAUUUUAGUCGACGUAGGUACCUAAUUUCUUGUAAAUUUCCUUGAUUUUUCUUCUCUAUAAGCAGAAUAUUCUGUAUCAAUUUCAAGCUAUAAAAUUGGCUUGUCUUAAUUUAAAAUAAUAAAACACGAGAGGGAAUUUUGAGGCAUCGCAAGGAGAUACGUGGUUUUGCACUUUGGUUAUCGACAUGUAAAGGUGUGAAAUUAAGAGAUACACAACCCAAUGGCCCGAUUUAACAAUAAAAUACAAGAAAAAGCAUGUAUAUAUCUCGGCUAAUGAAUAGUAAAAACACAACUAGAAAGUUUUGGGCCAAUUACAUGCCCAGUUUCAAAUGGAAACAAGCCUAAAAAUUAAAGCAAGAAAAUAUGCAUGCAACUGAGAUGUGAAUAAGUGUAAACUCCAAGUGCAGGAAUGCCUGCCUUGGUCAGUUGCAUGCUCAUUGCCUUGCGUUAAGUUUUAGCCUUGUUUCCAGUUGUGAAUGGGGCAUAUAACUGGCCCAAAACGUCUUUGCUGUGGUUUUACCAUUUUUUGGGCUUGUCAUGCCCUUUUUUCAUUGUUUUCUUUUUGUAUUGUACAUAGGUUUAUACAUAUCGAUGGUGAAAUUCUCUAACUGCAUAUCGCGGUUUGUGCAGUUGCCAACUUCCUGUCGUACUUCAUUUGGACAGAGUUCAUCAGAAAGGAGCCAACCCACAUUAAGUUGAAACUGAGAAAAAG